AUGGCCCCUAUUGCCGACAAAGUCUUCGCUGUGACGGGAGCAGCAUCGGGUAUUGGAUAUGCUGUCGCUCACCAUAUCGCUUCGCUCGGUGCCCGGCUGGCAAUUACGGAUAUCUCCAUAGAGGGCUUGAAGUCAGCAGAGAAUAAGCUGGAGAUCAUUGCUGGUAAAGACAGAGUUUUCAGCUGUGUCGCGGACAUUUGCGAUCGGGGUGCUGUGGACGCUUGGAUUAGCGACAUCGUUAGUACCUUCGGCCGCUUGGACGGAGCCGUCAACACGGCAGGAGUGCACCCAAAAGAAUCUGGAAAGGUGCCCAUAUGGGAAGUGACCGACGAUGACUUUGCCUUUGCUCAACAAGUCAACGUGCAAGGGACACUAAAUCUGGUCCGUGCGCAGCUCAGCUACAUGGUUGGCGCAGUAGACAGGCACGAGUUGGUAACAGGGUCCGUUAUCGUCUUUGGAAGUAUUGGCCAAUAUGGCACCCUUUACUCACCGAAACAGUCUCAACCAGUCAAUGCGAACUACAUCUUCCUCCCCACUGUCUACGCCGUCCAUGACACCUACUCCUAG